UCAAAGGCGAAUGAAUAUUUUUGGUUAUAAUUUGUUAAUGUACUAAUUGUAAUUAUAAAUUGACCAAUAUUCGUAAAAUAUCAGUUGUAGUUGUAAAUUAUAUCGAAUAUGUUGGGAAUACGCGCUAUUUGCAACACAGCCACAACGUCAAAAUCUUUAAUAAUGAAUCAAACUAGAAAUACCUUUAUUUUACGGAGAAGAUGGCCUCCACCGUUACACAAAAAAAACGGAAAGCCUUCUAAACUGAGAGGGAGGCACUUUGUUUAUGAUUUAGUGGAGGACACAGGAGUUGUAAAAAAACCAGACAUGAAAGUAAUCUUGAACCAAUUUGUCGAGGGUGUCGGAGAGAUGGGAGAUGUUUUGACCCUGAGUCCCGCCAAAGCCUACAAGAACUUCCUUGUGCCUGGCUUGGCAGUGUAUGCCACUCCAGAGAACAUAGCAAAGUAUAAGGUUGAUGAGAACAAGCCAAAAGACAAAAGCAAUUUCAGUUCACCAUAUGUACAAAGGACUAUGGGCUGUUUGUCACGCCUGGUACUACAAAUAACCAUGAGUAAAACUGAACCCUGGACACUGGAACCUUGGCAUGUGCGGACAUCUUUCCGGAAAGCAGGAUUUGUGGUGCCCGAAAAUACUAUAACUAUGCCUCCAGUCAAAAUCUCAGGUCCUGAUCUCUCAUUGCAGGAGAAAGAAUUUUAUGUGACUGUGAAGAUAAAUAAUAAGGAAGAAGUCAAUGUGAGGUGCAGGAUCCAUCACUGGGCUACAGGACUUGAAAAACUGCCAUGGGACGAGUUCCACUGGAAAAAACCUCGGGAACCACUUAUCCCAGAACAAGCAGCGGAGUUAGCGAAUAUACCUCUAGUUUAAAUAACAUUAAAUUGUAUUAUCUACUAGUAUAGUAAAGAAAUAAGAAUCAUUAAUAAAUCAU